AUGGCUUUGAAUAGACCAAGAAUCGGUAUUAUCGUUGACCGUCAUAGAGAACCUCGUACAGGGCUUAAGGUUGCUGAAUUUGUCCAAAAUACCCUUCAGGAAAUCUCACAUGAAGUCGACCUGAACAUCAUUGACCUUGCUGUCUGGAAUUUACCUUUUUACAAUGAACCUGCAUUCCCAUCCUACAUAUACUCGCCUACAGAUUACACACAUGAACAUACUCGACGCCGGUCAAUCGAGAUAGCUUCCUAUCAAGCUUUCAUCUUCGUCACUCCUCAGUAUAAUUGGGUUUAUCUAGCUAGCUUGAAGAAUGCGAUCGAUUACCUUUUCAAUGAGUUGAAAGGCAAGCCAGCUAUGAUUAUAAGCUAUGGAGGUCGUGGUGGUGGUAAAGCUGCUGAACAGUUGAAACAAGUCUGUCAUGGGCUGCGGAUGUUGCCUUUACAGAAUCCGGCGUGGUUGAUGUUUCCAGACAAUGAUUUCCAACAGCGGUUCAGCGAACUAAUAUCCAAGAUGUUGUAA